GACAAGUGGGCGGAUUUCUAUGCUUUUGUUGAUUAAUUUUCGUGUAUUAAUGUGGUCUAAGGAUGGUUGAUCGGGUCAAGUUAGAAGGACAUGACAUAUAUCCUGCAAAGGUUGAGGGGAGUCAGGAUGUCUUUGGUGUCAGGCGGGUCACUUUUCAGAAAUCGAGAUGGAUGCUAGAUGAUGAAGCCAUCAUGUGCCCUAUGUGUAGAAACAAAUUCAACCAACUGCGACGCAAGCAUCACUGUCGGCAGUGUGGUAAAAUCCUGUGUAGCAAAUGCUGCAAGGAAAAAGUGCCUUUACCACAACUAGGAUUGGAGGAACCGGAGAGAAUUUGUGAAAUAUGCCGUCCCGUCACAGAAAUGGUCACCAAAUCAUACUCGCCUCUCAAGGAAUUUCUCCAGGACUCGGCAAAAUGUUUAUCAGCGGCUGUGAGUGAUUCUUUAUCUAUCAAGGAGGUUGUUGAAUUGGGUGGUCUUCAUACAUUGAUAUACUUGGCAAAAGAAGAGGACCAAACAAUUAGGCACCAUGUGGUAUCAGGAUUGCAUGUGUUAUCAAUGCAUGAACCAUUACAUCCUAUUUUAGCCGAGGCCGGAGCAAUUAAGGCAUUAUGUAGCAUUUUGUCAUCUGUAACCCCAGCACAACUACAGACUACCAUUGAUGGAACAAGUGCCUUGAUGUUAUUUUGUAAAUCUGCUGAUCUCAAAAAGAAAGCCAUAGAAGAUGGUGCCUUGCAAGUUGUACUGUCCCUGUGUGAAUAUGAAAUGCCCGUCUCACUCCUGUCUGUCAGGAUACUCGGUCUCAUUGUGGAGCACCCAGGCACACAUCAGACAGUCGCCGAAAACAACAGAAAUACAAUCCCACGAAUACUCCAGCUGAUAGCAUCGGAGGACGAACAGAUGCAGGAAGUUGCAUUAAAAACUCUUGUCCAUCUUUCCUCGGGGAAGACCUUACAUCGACAUAAAAUUGUACAGGAUGAACUGAGCGCAGGGUGUGUGAUCUUGAAAGCAAUCAGAAACCAACCUCGUAAUCUACAGGUACUCAACAAUGCUGUCUGCCUGAUUGCAAAUCUGGCAAUAGGGGAGGAGGACCAAAAUGCUCUCCGGGACCACUUAGAUUGUGUUUGUGACCUGAUAAAUUCACAGUCGGCCAACAGAGACCUAAUCACUCAUGCUACAAGGGCCAUAGGAAACUUCGCAAAGUUCAAGCUGAAUGCAAACCAAAUAGUUCCACACAUCCCUGAUAUAAUCCUUCAUUGUCUUAAGUCGAGGUAUGAUUCUGUCCAAUAUCAGAGUUUAAGAAUCAUCAUUUACUUAUUGGCACAUUCCACACAGAAAAUGAAGCAGGCACUAGCAAGUAAAGAUGGCUCCCUGGACGUAUUGGAAGGGCUGGUAAACGUCCCUGGUAUGAUAGACUCCAUCCAAACCGCAUUACUUCAGAACAUCCCGGAGGUGUCGGCCAUGCCGUGAGCUAUUCAGACCUGCAAGACAUUUAAAAACGCUGUGAUAAAUGACUGUUCAUUCAAGUGCAAUCAGCAAAUAAGAUCCAAGUGUUCCCGUAACGAUACUGUAGCUGUCAUCUGCUUCAUUGUGUUGAGACCACCAAAUCAACAGAAGUGCUAGUUUUUGUUUUCAGUAAAGACACCCGAGUGCUUCUCUUUACAUCUGAAGUCAGUGGAUGGAUUUCCUGAGGUCAAACAUGGCCAUCUCCAGGAUAUCAUUGACGGGUUAACAGGAACGAUUGAACAUGGAAACACUCAAAUGGACACUGUACAAAACAUCCAGUUAUGGCAUUGAAUACGCAAGUUAUCAAACUUUCAAAUAUGCAAAUGUAUACAAUAGGCAAUAUUUGUUUAAGUUUUCACACUUCUCAUUCUAAAGGCAGCAAGCCAUAGAGCUUUUAGCUAAACACUUGGUCAGAGGGAUAUUGAUUUCAACUUACGUGUUUCGAUUAAUCGUUCCACUUGAUCAUUAGCAUUUUUGAGUUUCUUUGCAGCAGAUAAACUAGUUAUCGUUUCCUUCAGAAGCGCUGGCAGGUUUUCUCUUGUAUUAUAAUUCUGCAACAAAAUAACAAAAAAAACAAUUAUUGAUUGAAGCUUUGAAUAUCAGUGAAUUUGAAGAGUAAGCUUCAAAGUCUUAAAACGAAGAGGUCAGUUCAAUCCUUACCUCCUUCACUUGUUUAUCAGCUACACUCUCCUUGUACCUGGCCUGCAAGUCUUCCAGUUUGAACAACCACUCGCUUACAUCCCUCAUAGCUGCCUGCUUCUCCACUGCUUUCUUCUCUCUCUCCAGAGAGGCUUCCUGCUCCAACAAACUGGAAAGAGAGUGGAAGUUUGAAGCUAAACCCAAUACAUGCAUUUACAGUGGUAUCUAAUAGCACUACUGUAAGAUUUAGUGCUUUCAUCCUUGUUAUUGGCUGUGGGAUUCAGGACUCACGAGGCAGUCAUUUUUGUAUGUACAUACAUUGAAUACGUGAACAAUCACAUGAUAGGUGCUUUGACAUUUCUUUAAUAUGGUGCUUAAAGGAAUAUAUGUUCUAUGAAAAAAGGGGCUAAAAUUUAUACAUAAAGAUGUCUUUUACAAUAUAAGGUUACAAAAUGAACAUAAGAGUAUUUGUAAGGUUUAGCUUAAGGUACAAAUCUACAUUAUUGUUCAUAGUUAGAUAAUGUAUAGGGGCAUGGUGUUACUUAUUCUGUGGAUAUCUACAUUGAAUGAAUAAAAAUUUGUAUUUCA